AUGGCUGCCUAUGAACCAGGAAGAAGCGGGGCACCCUCGAGGCCGCCCAGCUACCGCGAGCCCAGCACCGCCGCCUGCACACAGCCCCCGCGCAGCCCCCAGCUGCGACGCGCCGGGGCCGAGAACGCGGCGCUGCUCCGGAGCAGCGAGCCUGGACGCAGCUCGGCCCGCCGCUCGAGCGCGCCAGGACUCGCGGACUUUCCCCGGAGGGGCGCUCUCGGUUCCGGUCCCGCCUGCGGUUCUCCCACGCCCCCAGGGGACCCGCUGAUCCGAGCGGAGUUCUCGUGGCCGCGCCCCCUCGUGGCCCCCACAGGCCCCCUGGUGCGCCCCCAGGGCCUCGUGCCCGCCCGCCGCAGGUUCUGGCGCUGGCGGGAGAGAGACGCCUCUUCCCGGCGCGCCUGUCUCUCUAUCGAUUCACUUCAGACUGGACAGAUGCUGAGCUUGCCCGCCGAGCUCGGCGGCAACAACUUAGAACUGGCGGAGCCCGCGACAGCCGCGGCCCGCGGCGACAUGGGCCCCCAGCCCGAGGCGGCUACAGAAGGCUCCGCACCUUUAGCCACUCGGGAGCCGGAGCCGGGGCCGGAGGAGCAGCCUCCGAGUCCCUCGACGCCCGAGUGCAAAGUCCUGCUCCAGCAGGCUGACGCCCUGGCGUCGGGGGGGCGUCUCCGGGAAGCCUUCGAGGUGUACAGACAGCUCUCCGAGCGGCAGCAGCUGGUGGCCGAGCAGCUGGAACAACUGGUGCGCUGCCUGGCCCAGAACGUCCCUCCAGGCGAGGCGCUGCCGCCGGCGCCCGCGGACAGGAGCGGUGCGGCGAGCCGUGAGGCUGCGGCGGAAGAGGCAGGGGCGCCAGCGGCCGCCACGGCCACCGAGGUGUGGGACGGCUUCAAGUGCCGGAAGUGCCAUGGGUUUCUGUCAGACCCCGUGUCCUUGUCGUGCGGCCACACCUUCUGUAAACUGUGCCUGGAACGCGGCCGGGCAGCCGACCGGCGCUGCGCCCUGUGCGGGGUCAAGCUCUCGGCGUUGAUGGUGGCCGCCGGGAGGGCGCGCGGGGUCCGGCGAGUCGGGCAGCAGGCGGCGGUGGCGGCCGCGCCGCCGGCCCCGCCGCAGCCGCCGCCGCCGCCGCUGCGGGUCAACGUGGUGCUCAGCGGCCUCCUGGGCAAGUUGUUCCCCGGCCCCGCACGGGCGUCGCAACUCCGGCACGAGGGCAACCGGCUGUACCGCGAGCGCCAGGUGGAGGCGGCGUUGCUCAAGUACAACGAGGCGGUUCGCCUGGCUCCAAAUGACCACUUGCUUUAUAGCAACCGGUCUCAAAUUUAUUUCACCUUGGAGUCUCAUGAGGACGCACUGCAUGAUGCAGAAAUAGCAUGUAAGCUCCGCCCAAUGGGUUUUAAGGCACACUUCAGAAAAGCACAAGCCUUAGCCACCUUAGGCAAGGUGGAGGAAGCACUAAGGGAGUUUCUAUAUUGUGUGUCCCUCGAUGGAAAGAACAAAAGAGCAAGAUCUGAAGCCCAGAGGGAAAAGCCGGAGCUCCCACACUGUUCUAGUCAGGAGGAAGCGGCGGCGGGGGGAGACCACAGCAGCCUGGCAAACCCAGUUAAAGUAGAGGGGGAGGGGCAGCGAGGCGACCAGAAAGGCCAGGCAAGAGACAAGGAGAAGGGGGACGCUGCCUCCGCCAAGGCUGGCAAGUGCCAGGAAAAGAAAAGGAAGCAUUGUCAAAUUGGAACCCAAGACCCAGAGGUGCCUACUAAAGCCUUGAAGCCAGAUCCUCCGGCUGAGCAGCGGGCCGAGGCUGCUGUCAGUGUUCCACUGCCAUCCUCUGUGGAUGCGUCUGACCUUGAGUGUGCCCUAUGUAUGAGAUUAUUCUAUGAGCCAGUCACCACACCUUGUGGGCAUACAUUUUGUUUAAAAUGCCUUGAAAGAUGCCUAGACCACAACGCCAAGUGUCCGUUGUGCAAAGACGGUCUCGCACAGUGCUUGGCAUCCAGAAAAUAUAGCAAAAAUGUCAUAAUGGAAGAGCUAAUAGCUAAAUUCCUUCCAGAAGAACUCAAGGAACGAAGGCGGCUUUAUGAAGAAGAAAUGGAAGAACUUUCUAACUUAAAUAAGAACGUGCCUAUUUUCGUGUGUACUAUGGCCUACCCCACCGUUCCUUGUCCUCUGCACAUCUUUGAGCCUUGUUACCGUCUGAUGAUUCGUAGAUGCAUUGAGACAGGCACAAGGCAGUUUGGCAUGUGCCUUGGAGAUACUGUCAAAGGGUUCGCGGAAUACGGCUGCAUCCUGGAGAUCAGAAAUGUUCAAUUCUUUGCUGAUGGCCGCUCAGUGGUGGACAGCAUAGGCAAGAGGCGCUUUAAGGUCCUCCAUCAGGGCCAUCGAGAUGGUUACAAUACAGCCGACAUUGAAUACAUUGAAGACCAAAAGGUUCAAGGAGACGAUUAUGCUGAGCUCAUGGGAUUACAUAAUUGUGUCUAUGAGCAAGCGUCAUCAUGGUUUCAUUCGCUCAAAUCAUCUCUGAAGAAUCGGAUACUCAGUCACUUUGGUCCAAUGCCAGAGAAAGAUGCUGAUCCCCAGGUUAACCCAAAUGGUCCAGCCUGGUGCUGGUGGACGUUAGCGGUUCUUCCAUUGGAAAGCCGAGCUCAGCUCCCAUUCCUUGCAAUGAGGUCCUUAAAGGAUAGACUGAACGGUAUUCGGCGAGUCCUGGCCUUUAUAUCCCGAAACCAAAACUAG